GCCGCGCGGCAGCCAACCACAGCCACCCACCUGGCCACUACACGCCGCGCGGCACACAUCACCACCGGUGCCGUCUCGUCUCGCCUCGCCUCCACUUGCCACUCCUACUUCCUCGAGCACCUCGUGAGCAGCGCGGCGGGUCGCAGAGCCAGCCGAGUGCGGAGAGGGGUCGGAAGGGCCGGGGGGAAGCAUGGAGGAGAGCGGCGUGAGGGCGGCGGUGGUGCGGCGCCUGAUGGCGGCGAAGGCGGAGUCCGGGAAGAGCUUCUCGGACGUGGCGGCCGAGACGGGGCUCACCAACGUCUACGUCGCGCAGCUGCUGCGGCGCCAGGCGCAGCUCAAGCCGGACACGGCGCCCAAGCUCAGGGCGGCCCUGCCCGCGCUCACCGACGACCUCGUCGACCUCAUGAUGCAGCCACCGUUCCGGUCCUACCACCCCGACAUCGUCCACGAACCCGCCAUUUACAGAUUGAAUGAAGCUGUUAUGCAUUUUUCAGUGUAG